GGGGGGGAGGGGGGAGAAGCUGAGGGGGGUGACAGCAAGACCUAUAGUGCCGGUGUCAUGCCUCUGCCAGUCAGUGUGUUUUAAGGUGCCACUGAACAAACACAUCCCCUCCCAGCCUUGCAAAGUACGAGGGUGCGCCGUUCCAAGAUGCAUCUCAGACUCCUGACGGCGGCGGCGGUGGUGGCUGUUGCCGCCGCGUACCCGAGUCUUUGGGAACUGGAUGCUUUUGACGAUGACCUUAUGGACUUCGAGGUCGCUGACAGAGAGAAGAGGUAUUCGAAGCCUCGAGGGAAACCGGUGAACAGUUCAAGUUCGAGUUCGAGCAGCAGUUCGAGCAGCAGUGAGAGCAGCAGCGAGAGCAGCAGCGAGAGCGAGGAGGACACGCCAUUGGUUAGAUCGGUGAGGAGUCCCAAUCCAGCGGAGGAACCGAAGGCCGAGGAGAAGGAGGGAGAGAUGAAGGAAGAAGAGAAGAAGGAGGGAGAGUCGAAGGAAAAGGAGACGAAGGAAGAGGAGAAGAAGGAGGGAGAGUCGAAGGAAGAGGAGACGAAGGAAGAAGAGACGAAGGAAGAGGAAAAGAAGGAAGGAGAUUUGGAGGAAGAGAAGCAAGAAGAUCAGCUUGAGGAAGAGAAGAAGCCAGGGAACACGACGGAAGAAGCCAUCGCGGAGGGAAACGCAACGACCACCAUGGAGCCAUCGCCAAGGAGGGAAACGAAGGUAACCACGACCGCAAGUCCUUCCGACGACCCCAGCACGACCAUGGGGCCUUCGCUAGGGAACCCCGGGAGGGAAACCACGACAGCGAAGCCCUCCGAAGAUGCCACCACGACACCGGAACCCUCUGAAGAUACCAAUACCACGACCAUAGAGCCGUCGCCUGAGAGAUCCAAGAGGGAAGCCACGACGCCGAUACCCUCUGACGCCAGCACGACCACCGAAGCCAGUGACAAGGAAGAGGAGAAAGAGGAGGAGAAGAAUGAAGAAGAGAAGAUAGAGGAAGACAAGAAGGAAGAAGAUACGAAGGAAGGAGAUGGCAAGAAAGAAGAAGAGGCGAAAGAGGGAGACACGAAGGAAGGAGGAGAGGAGAAGGAAGGCGAAAAGGAAGAGGGAGAUAAGAAAGAAGAGAAGAAAAAAUAGUAAGUAGAUUUUUGGGGGGUCGCGGUGUGAUAUUUUCUCCUCUGUUUUGAAAUCUCUCGCUUGUUCAUAAUGAUUCAUGUACUUUUUUUUUCUUCUCUCUCUCAUAUUUACUCUUUCGUAAGUGAUCAAACCAAAAUGAAAGUUAGGAGAUGAAUAGAUAAAGCAGGAUAAAAAAAAUCAUGUACUUAAGACUCAUUUCAAUUAGUUGCAUGUUUAUCACCACGUUGCUUACAAUCCAAUGCUAUUUUUAUAUCAUUGUUAUUCUCUUUAUUUCUGUCUGUUUCUCAUACUGAUCUUUUUUAUAUAAAGAUUAUCCAUAUUGUUGUUACUUUCCUUUAAAAAAGUAACCUUAAACUUAAGAAACCUGUCUGCAGCUUUUAUAUAAAAAACACAAAUGGAAUGGAAUUGUAAAUGUGAUUUUAUGCAUGUAAUUUUUUUUGUGAAAUAUGAUCAAACCUUUUUAUCAUAAUGUGCAUUGCUUUGAGAUCUUUAUUCCAUGCAGUUUGAUAAUUUCCAACCAGCGUUAAAAGCAAAUAAAAAAAAAAAAUUAAUAGAUAAAAAAAUAAAUGGUUGUGAUAAUCAUAUAGUAAAAUAUAUUUAUAAUAAUAAUAAUAAUAAAAAACUGACAUAUAUCGAUAUUUUUGUCCAUCAUUCUUUUCACGGAAUAUAAGAAAUUUACAUAAACUAUGCAUGGAGAUGAAGAUACAAAGCGAUACAAUUUUGCAUGAAUUUUUAAAACUAACAUUGUUAUAUGAUGUUUCGUGUUAGUAUAAAAAUCAUAUAAACUGUAGUCAAAUACAGUAAUAACAAGUCAUUAAAACAUCAUUUUGCUCUAAUAUUCAUAUAAAGGAUAUGCUUGUAAUGUAUACUGUUAAUAAGAACUGAAAUAAACACGCAGAUAGAAAUAACAGC